AUGGCGCAUCCAACCGAUCACGAGGAGCCAGCCGAAGGAUCGGGAGUAGACGAUGAGACGCGAGCUAUUGAAGAAGUGAUAAACGCUUUCGGGUUUUAUGGGAAAUUUGGAACAGAGAAAAUUCUGAAAACAAUUCAACAAAUGAAACUCUACCCAGCCGAUUUCCAAGCUCUUGUUGCAAACAAAAACAAGGAGUUCGUCACAAGUAUGAGAGAGAAAAUCGAUCAUAAUCAUAGUAUUCUCAAAAUGAUUGCCAACAAUGCGGCUGAGAUGAUUGGUGAAAAUCACACGAAGGCUCUGCGAAUGCAUCAGUCUCGUCGACCAUCUGGAGAGUUCCUAUCAAAAGUGAUUAGCACGAUUCGCCAAAUCUGCCGUGAGUGGUCGUCUGAAGGAGCGCCGGAACGAGAGGCGACGUUCCAACCGAUUAUCGAAGAGCUCAAUUCGAAAUUCUCCAAUCCUGAAGACCGCCACGAAGUUCGAAUUCUUACUCCUGGCUGUGGCCUUGGACGGCUGGCACAUGAUUUGGUGACAGAAGGGUAUACAGUACAAGGAAACGAGUUCAGCUAUUUCAUGUUGUUCACUUCAUACUUCAUUUUGAACUGUUGUAAAGAGCCCGAUCAGUUCACAAUCUACCCAUUUCUUUUUGAUAAAAGUAACUGCUGGGACUCAGAAGAUCGUCUUCGAGCAGUCACUUUUCCUGAUAAAUCACUCGUUCCAACCAUGUCCAGUCGCCUAAAUUCGUUUUCAAUGUGUGCUGGCGACUUUCUGGAAAUUAUAAGAGGCAGUGAAUUCGAUGUUAUUGUGUCCGCAUGGUUCCUGGACACAGCCCACGACGUAUUCAAGUAUAUAGACGCCAUUUACGACGCUCUCCCAAUCGGAGGAAUCUGGAUCAAUGUGGGACCAUUGACGUGGCACUACGAGGAUAUGAUUGGUGAAACGUCCAUCGAGUUGCCCUAUUCAGAUGUGAUGCUUCGAGUAAGACAGAAGGGAUUCGAAGUGAUAACAGAAAAAGAAAUCGAUAGCAAGUAUACGGUCAAUCGGAGGUCCAUGCUCCAGAGUCAGUUCAAGUGUGCCUACUUUUAUGCGAGAAAAGGCCCUCAAUAA